UAUCUGCAAGUGUCUUCCAGUGUCUUCGAUAACACAAAAAAUGCCGCCAAAAUUAAAGGAGAGUAUAACUUUUGUGAUGAAUGUUGGAAUCGUCCAACCUGGGACACAGAGUAAUUUGCAGCUGUUGGACAAAGAGAAGUUCAUUGUUAAACAUAUUAUUCAAAAGAAGAUAUUUCUACGUCCUAAAGAUGAAAUGGGAGUGAUAUUGAUGGGCUCAGAUAGUAGUACAAGCGACAGUAUUACAGGAUUAAAUAAUGCACAGGAACUUUGUAACAUGCAAAUUGGAAAUUGGAAUUUGAUAAAAAGCAUCGAGAAACUCAAACCCACAAAUCAGACUUGUUCUUGGAUGGAUGCAAUUUAUGCUGCAGUCGAAUAUAUUAAACACGAAUGCGUAGAUAAAUGUGACAGGAAAAUAAUCUUGUUGUCUUCUUUCAAUGAGGAGGAAAAUGUUGUUGAUCAAUUUCAGGCAGAGGAUAUAAUAGAGAUAUUAAAUUCAGAAGCAGUCUCACUCAUAGCAAUUGGAGAAAGAGCAUUACAUGAUAUAGAUGAAGAUUCUCAAACACCCAGUGAAAUACUACUUAUGAAUGUUCUACAACAGAUUAAUGGUCAGUAUCUCACAUUUGAACAUGCAAUGUCAGAUGUGCGCUUCUACAAACGGCCAUCUACUAAACCGCUUCCGUGGCGUUGCCUGAUGGAAUUGGGCGAAUUAUGCAUACCGAUUGCUGGAAUUUCUAAAAUGCCGAGUGAGGUAAAGUUACCGGAAAUGAUAUUGAUGGGUAAGACAAGUACGUCCAAUACACCCGAUAAAGAAGUGCCAAUUAAGAAUGUCGUACAAUGGAUGGACAACAAUAGGACCAUUCAUACAGAAGAAGAUAUUAUCCGUGGUUAUGUGUACGGUGGCAAGGCUAUUCCUGUUUCGGAUGAAGCUAAGAAAGCCAUGACUCCCAAAAACAAUGAAAAAAGUUAUAAGAUCCACGGUUUUACAAAGAAAGAAAAUAUUCCUAUGGAAUAUUGGCUGUCGGAUGGUUCUUACGUUAUUAUUCCUGCUAACGAGGCAGCGAGUGCGCCAUUUUAUAGUCUAGUGCAAGCCAUGGCUGACAAAAAUGUUGUUGCGAUAGUAGAGAAGGUUUAUAGAGCAAAUACCGAAACUAACAUGGUGGCAUUAUUUCCAAGUGUUGACGUAGAGAAUGAACCAUGGUGUCUUAUUGAGAUCGGUUUACCAUUUGAGCGAGAUUAUGGAGCAAUAGCGCAGAAACCAUUGAAAAGCGUGAUGAAUCAACUGUCGCAAGAGCAGGAUAAUGCAGUGGAUGAUCUGUUAAGAUCCUUAGAAUUGCCCGAUGCUGCCGAUGAUGAUACAAUUAGUAGUAGUGAUAAAUAUUUACCGGGAUAUAUGCCGGAUCCUGGAACGCAACACAUGUGGGAUGUAUUAACAGCUCGUGCGCUUAAUCCAGAUAAACCGUUGCCGCCUAUCGCCGACGAUCUAUUGAAUCUUCUAGAGCAACCCGAAUUCAUAAAAGCAAAAUGCAAACCAGUAACCGAAAGAAUCAAAAAUUUGUUUUUCUUAGAGAAAAAGAAGCCGCUUAGGAAGUCGAGCGUGUCGGAUAUUGCACUCCGUGAAUCUCACGACUCGUCAACCGAAUGGAAUCUCGUCUGUUCGUUCCUGGAAAACGAUCCUGGAUCCUUCCUUGAACGCAGUUCUCGCUCGCGUCAUAGUCUCGAUAUAAAUUUAAGCGAGUUCCGUCAUGGGAACAUUUACGUCUGCAGCCUGCUCGUCGCACUCGCUGCGCUGCUCGUUGUAGUGCAAUGCGGCGACAUAAUGCGCAAAAGCAUCGUCUUCGAUAAGAAUACUCCGGAUGUGUUUUAUUGUCCGCAACACAAGCCUAUUGGUUUCGAGAAAAUGCUCGUAAAGGCAAGACCGCUUUCCAGGCUCUGCCAAUUCGAGGGUCGUCCGAUACCCGAAGAUUACAAAAGCGACUGUUACAAUGACGUGGAUGAGACCGAAUACGCUUGCAAGGAGAAGUACAGAAUCAUGAUGAGGCUUCAUCCACCGGGAAGUAACACGCCUUAUAACGGGACACGCCUGUCCAAGUUCUUGGCCUUCGAUAAAGAUUUACCGUACGCGCGAAAGAAGAAUCAGGUGUAAAAAGAGCGGUUAUAUCCAAGGACGUCCAGGGGCCUUGUGUUAAUGCAAUUAAAAAAGACGUUCACAUGAUGAACGCAUUAGUUAUGUUAUUAAUCUUAUAUGUCGAGAAUGCAACUAAGAAAAAUUCGCCGAGUUCCUGUAAUCCAAUUAACGAGAACUGCGUCCUAUUUUCAAUUGGGCUGGAUCCGCUGUUAAUUUAUGUUACCAUUUACUCAUGAUACUUGUGUUAAACGAUUUAACGUUCCUAUUUGGUUUAAUGCAAGUGUGAACUUUCUUCUUGCAGUGAGAUUGUUUUUGUAACGUAUAUAAAAAACAUUUUGUUGCUUAGUUAUGUAGAUAGAG